UUAACUUCGCCUAUACUCACAAACCAUCAUACCACAAUCCCAGCUUGGCCUCUCUUGACCCAAAACCCUAACAUCUCUGAAAAUUUACACUCACUCUCAUGCACAGUUUCUCUCAUUCUCUUUGACGUUCUUCUGCAAAACCCAUCUCAGGAAUUUUUGACAUAUUUUGAGUUCAUGGCUGACUCCGACAACGAUUCCGGCGGGCCUAACGCAAACUUCAACAGCGAGUCGUCGCUGAGAGAGCAGGACAGGUUCUUGCCUAUAGCAAACGUGAGCAGGAUCAUGAAGAAAGCUUUGCCGGCCAACGCGAAGAUCUCAAAGGAAGCUAAAGAGACUGUCCAGGAGUGCGUGUCAGAGUUCAUCAGCUUCAUUACAGGAGAAGCGUCCGAUAAGUGCCAGAGGGAGAAGAGGAAGACGAUCAACGGCGACGAUCUUCUGUGGGCCAUGACAACGCUUGGGUUCGAAGAGUAUGUCGAGCCUUUGAAGAUUUACCUGCAGAAGUUCAGAGAGAUGGAGGGAGAGAAGAGUGUUAUGGGAAGGCAAGGGGAGAGAGAUGGUGGUGAUGGCAGUGUUGGUAAUAGUGGGAACCCUGGGGGUGGGUUUGGUGGGGGUGGGAUGUAUGGUGGGGUGCAGUCCAAUAUGAUGAUGAUGGGACAUCAUCAUAAUUAUCAUCAAGGGCAUAUGUAUGGAUCUGGUAGUGGUAGUGGAGCCUCUUCUGGAAGGCCAAGGUAGGUUUUCAGUGCGUUUGAAGGCGGAUGAUGUGUUUCUCAAUAGAAGAUGGAUGAUGAUGUUGAUUCUAAUUUAUCUAAGUUUCUUCCUUCUCACUUGCUCCCAAACAAAUUGAGAUAUGUUUCCUUGAUGAUGAUUAUAUAUGGUGCCAUGUUUCUUCUGUUGUUUUA